CUGCUGGUGUCUAAUACGGUAGCCGGACUGUUAGAGGAGAUACUCAAAUACUUCCUGAUUCUUGUUGGUAAACAACUUUGAAAAAAUUUUUUUGAUUCCCCUCCUUUUCUAGAGGGGACUCUGUUAUUAGUUGUCAGCUUUCUCUGUAAUAUGUCACCUAAUGCCUAAUGCUGCCGUUCAAAGUGGAUGUUUUCCACUUUCAUUCUUAGAGUACACAGAGCGUAAAAGGAAUCUCUGAAAGAUUAGAAAGUUUACUUUUGAUUAUGGGAAAGAAAAAAGUCUUGUAAUUCUUCUGUUGGAGACUGUGGGGGAAGAACCUCCGCUUUGGAAUCGGGCCUGGGUUUGAAUCCCGCAAGGCUCCUUAUUAGCUUUGUGAAUUUGGGCAAUUUGUAUAAUGUCUCUGAGCCUGUCUUCUCAUCUAUAGUGUGGGGAUAAUAAAACCAUCUCACAGGAUUGAUCGGAGUUUUAAAAUGAAAAAUAUAUAUGUGAAGGAGGUAGCAGACUUUGCAGCUCCUGUUAACUGCUCAACACAUUUUCGUCCUCAUCGGGUGUAAAUUUAUCAAGGUGGAGAAAUGAGUGCUGAUUUCUGCAUGUCUCUGGAUCCUUUCAGUUGAAGCACUUGUUGAAAAUCUGACUGCCGAACUUAGCUUAGUGAAGGUCAUCAACUGAAUGCAGUUUAAUAUCUAAUGGUUAUUUUCUGGUUGAUAUUGAUGGCACGGAAAACCUCACGGAAGAAGGCGAUUCAAGAUUACGCUUCAUGUCAGUAGAAAUGGACAGCAGCAGUUUUAUUCAGUUUGAUGUGCCCGAGUACAGCAGCACUGUUCUGAGCCAGCUAAACGAACUCCGCCUGCAAGGGAAACUAUGUGACAUCAUUGUCCACAUUCAGGGUCAGCCAUUCCGAGCCCACAAAGCAGUCCUCGCUGCCAGCUCCCCCUAUUUCCGGGAUCAUUCAGCAUUAAGUACCAUGAGUGGCUUGUCAAUAUCCGUGAUUAAAAAUCCCAAUGUGUUUGAGCAGUUGCUUUCAUUUUGUUACACUGGAAGAAUGUCCUUGCAGCUGAAGGAUGUUGUCAGCUUUCUGACGGCAGCCAGCUUUCUUCAGAUGCAGUGUGUCAUUGACAAGUGCACGCAGAUCCUGGAGAGCAUCCAUUCAAAGAUCAGCGUUGGAGACGUUGACUCCGUGACUGUCGGCACCGAGGAGACAACAGAGAGUCGGAAUGGAGUCAAGGACAGCAGCUUCUUUGCCAAUCCCGUCGAGAUCUCCCCUCCGUAUUGCUCUCAGGUUCGGCAGCCCACCACAAGCAACGAUCUUCGGAUGGAGACGACGCCCAACAAAGCUUUGCGCAGCCGCUUACAGGAGGAAGGGCACUCAGACCGAGGGAGCAGCGGGAGCGUUUCCGAGUACGAGAUCCAGAUAGAGGGGGACCAUGAGCAAGGGGACCUGCUGGUGAGGGAGAGCCAGAUCACCGAGGUGAAGGUGAAGAUGGAGAAGUCUGACCGGCCCAGUUGUUCCGACAGCUCCUCCCUGGGGGACGACGGGUACCACACGGAGAUGGUGGACGGGGAGCAGGUUGUGGCCGUGAACGUGGGGUCCUACGGCUCCGUGCUCCAGCACGCCUAUUCCUAUUCCCAAGCCGCCUCGCAGCCCCCCAGCGUCUCCGAAGCUUUUGGAAGUUUGAGUAAUUCCAGCCCGUCCAGAUCCAUGCUGAGCUGUUUUCGAGGAGGGCGCGCUCGCCAAAAGCGAGCUUUGUCCGUCCACCUGCACAGCGAUCUGCAGGGCUUGGUGCAGGGUUCUGAUAGCGAAGCAAUGAUGAAUAACCCCGGGUAUGAGAGCAGCCCCCGGGAGAGGAGUGCAAGAGGGCACUGGUACCCGUACAAUGAGAGGCUGAUCUGUAUUUACUGCGGGAAGUCCUUCAACCAGAAAGGAAGCCUGGACAGGCACAUGCGGCUCCACAUGGGAAUCACCCCCUUUGUGUGCAAGUUCUGCGGGAAGAAGUACACGCGCAAGGACCAGUUGGAGUACCACAUCCGGGGCCACACCGAUGACAAACCCUUCCGCUGUGAGAUCUGCGGCAAGUGCUUUCCAUUCCAAGGUACCCUCAACCAGCACCUGCGGAAAAACCACCCUGGCGUCGCCGAAGUCAGGAGUCGCAUUGAGUCCCCCGAGAGAACAGAUGUGUACGUGGAACAGAAACUAGAAAAUGACGCAUCGGCCUCCGAGAUGGCCCUAGAUUCCCGGAUGGAAAUUCACACAGUGUCUGAUGCUCCUGAUUAAGAUGGUAACGAAGUGUGCCCAAACAAAGCACAUUAAUCAAUGCAUAUUUGUGAUUUGCUUUGUUGUAAUCUUUGGUUUUCCCAACCAUCUGGAAAUCUCUCGGUCUCUUGGCAGUUUUUCUAAGGUUUCUGGAAGGAACACUUCAUUGUGUUUAUCCUUUCCCCCGCCCUCCCUCUCCCAAGGAGCUCAAAGCAUGAAGGGCAACGUAUCCAGGGAAAACACAGGCUGACAGUAUUCCUCUUUGGCUGAACUCUUAAUU